AUGAUUAUUAAAGUUGUCAACCCGCUUAGACAAGAUACGGAAGAUCCGUUGGCUGAGCGAUAUAUUAUUCGACGAAGCGAUUCGGAGAAAGACUAUGUAUUAGCUAAAAUCGAGAUAGUCGAUGUAGCGAAUGUGAUCACUGCGUUUAAUGAAUACAUGCCGUUAAUGAAACUAUCGUACGAAAGUAUUGUAUCGUAUACUGAUGUAUUUACUGCAUGGGAGCCGAAAAUCAGUGCUGCGUUUGUUAAUUUGGUUACGGAACAUUUUCCAAUGGGCAAUUUAGACAAUUACAUCAGAAAAUUACGUUCAGAACAAAAAACAAUCGAUAAUUCGCACGAUACCUUCUAUCGAUCGACAUAUGAACGAACGAAAUCGGAAGACUCCAUCGAAAAACGUUCCCUCUUAACGGAAGUGUGGUUUGCCCAAAUUUUAGAUGGCUUAAUGUAUUUAUGGAGUCAAGGUAUCGUCCAUCGAAAUUUGAAACCAGAGAGUAUUUUUCUUCGUGGUGAAGGCAGUGAACAAAAUUGUUCAAUUAUUAUUGGUGAUAUGAUACCAUUAUCAGUUGCAUACGAUCUAAGAAUGAGAACUCGAUUAUCCAAACGUUCAUUGUCGUACACAUCUCCCGAAAUAUUCAACGGUCAACUUUAUACACCAUUAUCCGAUAUAUACUCAUUUGGUGCAGUUUUAUUAGACUUGUUGACAACCGAUUGUUUAACGGAAGAAGAUACACUACAGUUACGCAUAUGUGCACGAUAUGACCAUAAUAUAUUAACAAAAACAACUGAAGACAUGAGUAAGGAGAAUCCCGAGAUAUCAUCAUUGAUUAAUCAAAUGAUGAAUCCUGUACCAGAUGAACGUAUUCAACGAGAAGAUUUUUCACAAAAUGAUUAUAUUGUAAAUUGUAUGAGACAAAUUGAUUCAUGUAUGAUGCAGUAUACAUCGUCUGUUGUUGAUGACAAUGAAGAAGUAGAUGAAUUAAUUCAAAAUGAACAAGUUGAAUAUUAUUUAAAAUAUCUAAAAUUAUAUCGAAACGAUGAGAAACGUGUUCAACAAUGUUUAUCAAUAUUUUGUGAAUCACAGGCUGCAAGUAUUAAUACAUCGAUAAUUGGCUCACAUUAUUUAAACGAAAUUGUACCGCUUGUUGAACAUUUUCCAAAAAAUGAAAAAAUUGCUUUGUAUAGUCUAGAGUUAUUACAAAAAGUGUUAGCAAACGAUCAGGAUGAAUAUUUUGUUCAAUCGAGUUUAGUGUCAUUUAUUCGAAAAAUGAUACCGCAAUUUGAAAAUGAAAUAACGUUAAUUUUGAAAUUAAUAACAAUUUUAAAUGACCUUGCAUUAAAAGGUAAAAUUAUUGAAAUAUAUAAUAAUAAAAAUGAAUCGGAUUUUGUUUUAAAAGAUGUCAAAUUUGGAGAAACAAAAAUUGUUGCUGAUAUAAUACGAAUUUUAAAUAAAUAUAAUACAGAUGUUGGAAUUAGUUCAAAAUGUUGUAUACUACUUUGGCAAUUGAGAAAUGAACCAUCAUCUCUAAGAGAUUUACAUCAAAAUAGAGUGUCUAUUUUAAAUGCAUUAUUAAAUUUAUUAGAAAAAUUAGGUGAUAAUGUUGAUAUAUUUACAAAAGUAUGUUUUGCUUUUAUGCCAUUAUUAUUACAAACAUCAAUUGUUGAUUAUUUGGCACAAUAUAAUAUCGUACGAUAUUUUACUAUUGGUCUUCAAAAACAUUUGAAAAAUAGAAAUGCAGUUAAAUCAGGUAGUUGA